AUGCCGCCGCAUGGGUCACAGCUGCCACCACACGACCCUCUCCUGCCUCCGGGCGGAGCACAGUUGCCACAACGUGAAUUCCAGCAGCCGCCAACCGGCCCUCAGCUGCCCUCACACCGCGUAUGCAUGCCGCCAAGACAUGUACCACAUCCGCCGCGCGGUCCUAAGCCACCACAACGCUCUCAGGCCCUGCCGACGCGCGGUCCCAAGUUGCCGACACGUGGAAUCCAGAUCCCGCCACCAGGACCUCAGCUGCCAUCGAACCGGGAAUGCAUGCUGCCGCACGUCCCUCGCCCGCCGUGCUACCCAAAGCCGCCACCACGCGGUCCAUGCUUACCGCCGUUGGACCGUGAAGGCCGAACUCGCCUUCCUCCCAUUGAGCGCCAUGUUCUUGAUAAUGGAACCACGCGGGAGUUUGAACAGAUCUACGCCCAGAUUCAGCAGGAGGCGUCCCCUAGGCGCAUUGCCGCCUCCGCUAGCACCCCGGAGACGGGGAGGCACACGCCGGGGCCGGUUCCGCGCCUCGAUCUCACCGCCAUCACCGGGGAGCACCCCGGAUAUCCGCUAUCAUACAGACCCCUCUCUAUGUGUUCUUCGGAUUCCUCCGACAUUGCCGACGCUAACGGCAUCCACAGCGGAUCCUCCUCAUCGGACCUCACAUUCACGGAGACAGAUUCGCGGAACGCCACCUCGGACGACGAGACGACUGUCAGUACCCCCGACGAGUGGUUUACCAUGGUGGAGGACGAGGAGGCGGCCCGCGACCCUGAAGUGGUCCAGCAGUCCACCCUCCAGGCACUUAUGCCUCAGACUCCAGCCUUCAUGCCUCGACCCCCGUCCACCAGAUGCCCGUGA